ACCGCCCCAUCACACAUCCCAACACACCAGCAGAGGAAACAUAACCUCAGGAGUCAGGUCCUUCCUCUCACUGCUGUUACAUACUCGAGAAGAGAGGACCAAGGACAAAAGCCAGCUCUUGUCACUCAAGGUGCUUGCUGUAGUCAGUCGUUCCCUUUCUCAAGAGUUCUCUUCAUCAACAUCCACUCAGACAAGAUGUUGGUACUACUGGCUGGGAUCUUUGUGGUCCACAUUGCCACAGUCAUCAUGCUGUUUGUUUCCACCAUUGCAAAUGUCUGGAUAGUUUCAAAGAAUGGGACCCAGUCAGAAGGUCUUUGGAAUGCCUGUGAAAAUGGGAAAUGUGAUUUACAGCUAGCAUAUGCAGGAGACGAUGCCCUCAAAUCCGUGCAAGCCUUCAUGAUUCUGGCCAUCAUCUUCUCCGUCAUUUCUCUUAUCGUUUUCAUAUUCCAACUCUUCACCAUGGAGAAGGGAAACCGGUUCUUCCUCUCUGGUGCCAUGAUGCUGGUUUGCUGGCUAUGCAUUCUGAUUGGAGUUUCCAUCUACACUGAUUUAUAUGGGAACUACAAGAAGAAUUUGACACACUUUGAUCACCACGGAUACUCCUUCAUUCUGGCCUGGAUAUGCUUCUGUUUUAGCUUCAUUAUUGGUGUCCUCUAUCUCGUCCUUAGAAAGAAAUAAGGGUGCUGGAAUUUUUC